CUUUUCCGUCACCAUUAAGUAUAUAAAAAGUUCCCAAAGCUCUCUCAGAUUUCACAGAGACAGAGAGGAAGAGAGGGAGAGAGAGAAAGUGAGUGAUUCUUAGAGAGAGAGAGAUGUCUUCGUUCGACGCGUACGGCAUCGACAGCGAGGAGAUUAACGUGAGCGCUUCGCACGGCCACUUCGUCGACGACGACGGCGGCGACGAGAACUUCACCGGCAGCGGAUACGGAUCCGGAUCCUACUCCAGCUUCCCACCAGCGGGCGUUGACUACUCCGGCGGGUUCCCGGCGGAAGGUAAUGUUGCCGUCGACCAUGCCUCCGCCUCCCCGGAGAUCUUCGGAUUCGACGAUCCGAACCCUAGCUACUCUCAGUCUCCGUUUAACCCGAUCCACGUGGAGAACGGGAAUGGUUACGGUGUAGGUGAAAACGGUGUCGGCGAUGACGUUUUUGUCUCGGACGGGCCGGUGCUUCCGCCGCCAACUGAGAUGGAGCCCGAGGAAGGCGUCGCUCUUCGCGAAUGGAGGCGUCAAAAUGCCAUUCUGCUUGAGGAGAAGGAGAAGAGGGAGAAAGAAAUGAGAAACCAGAUUAUUAUAGAAGCUGAGGAGUAUAUACAAGCUUUUUAUGAGAAAAGGAAGGUUAAUGUUGAGACUAAUAAGGCUGACAACAGAGAAAGGGAGAAGAUAAACUUGGCUAAUCAAGAGAAGUUUCAUAAAGAGGCGGACAAACAGUACUGGAAAGCAAUAGCAGAGCUCAUUCCUUAUGAGGUCCCCAACAUUGAGAAGAGGAGAGGCAAGAAAGAUCAGGACAAGAAGCCUUCAGUCACAGUCAUCCAGGGUCCAAAGCCUGGAAAACCCACAGACCUUUCGAGGAUGCGCCAAAUACUGGUGAAGCUAAAGCACACUCCCCCUCCCCACAUGAUACCGCCCCCACCACCUGCACCUGCCAAGGAUGGCAAAGAUGGGAAGGAAGGAAAAGAUGCCAAGAAUGGAAAAGAUGCAGCAUCAACUGCCUCAACAUCCGUAGCAGGAGGAAAGCCUGAUUUACCGACCACCUCUAAUGGUGGUGCUUCACACACUUCCGAGCAAGAAGAAGUCCCCGCUACUGCUGAGGAACAGUCUGCAGCAUCACCAUAAUAAUACCCAUACAACAUCUUUCUUAUUUGUUUUUCUUCUGAGUCUGUACUAUUUAUUCUCUGAUUCUAAAAUCUUACUAGUUUCUGUCUUACGGAGAGAAUAAGGAUUCGUAACAGUUGGUUCCAUUUUCUUCAGCUUUGAGUUUGAACUGGAGCUGGAAGCCUAUUUUCUUCUUGUUGCUUUGGAAUAUGUUUUGAUUGAGAUUGAAAUUUGUCAUUGUUUUUCGGCAUUUUUAUGAAUUAUUAAUCUUUUUGUACCA